AUGCGUGAGGAGGACAAGGGAAUGCUCAGUUGUGGAGAUGCGGACCUGGCCAAUGCCGCGGCGCGAGGGCAAGUGGAAACGGUACGGCAGCUUCUGGAAGCCGGCGCGGAUCCCAACCGUGUCAACAGCUUCGGGAGGCGCCCAAUCCAGGUCAUGAUGAUGGGCAGCUCCCGCGUGGCUGAGCUGCUGCUGCUCUUCGGUGCCGAGCCCAACUGCGCGGACCCUGCCACCCUCACCCAACCGGUGCACGAUGCUGCCCGGGAGGGCUUCCUAGACACGCUGGUGGUGCUGCAUCGUGCCGGGGCGCGGCUGGACGUGCACGACGCCUGGGGCCGACUGCCGGUGGAUCUCGCUGAGGAGCGAGGUCAUCGCGAUGUCGCCCAGUACCUGCGUGCAGCUACAGGGGACUGACAGCGGGUACAUCCAGCCGCCCACGAUGACUUUUUUCUUCCCAAUUCC